AUGGAUUGGACGAACCUGGUUGUGGGUGGCGUUCUGUGCGUCGGCGAGGCCGAAGAGGAAGAGGCAGAGGAUCGGAAACAUCACAGCGGAAGUUGCAGACUAGCCGCCGCGCCUUCUAGAUCCGCCUUUUAUCCCCCUCGACCCCCCCUCGACGCCCCCCACCUUCCGGCUUUGUCGUCUUAUUAUGCAGGUGUACUUAUUGGGCUCAUCAGCCUCUAUAGGCACGUUAUCGGUGGAAAAUCAUCUGUUGCAGCGACCAAAGUGAUGGCAAUCCUAAGAAAUGGAAAAAGCGACUCUUGGGAGACAAAAACCAGCCUCUUUGACUCGAUGGUCUCGUCAACACUGCUCUAUGCUGCAGAGAUCUGGGGGACGAGAUACCUGAAGGUUUUGGAGAGGACUCAAGUUCGAUUUAUCAAAUCACUGCUCCAUUGGCCAAGAAAUACACCGAACUAUGUGACUCGCCUUGAAAGUGGGAGAUCUCCAUUAAGUGUUGAAGUGUUGAAAGUGAUCAACUAUUGGACAAAGCUAAGCUUAAUGAGUGACGAAAGAUUACCUAGACAAUGCUUUAAUAGGCUUAGAACUCUAGACUCAUCCAUUGGAAAACCUGAUCCAACUUAUAACUGGGUUUCCCAAGUAAAGAUGAUUGUGGCGGAACUCGGAUGUCAGGGGAUGUUGUCUUGUGUUUUCUCUCAAGGUCUGAUGAGGUUCAAAGAUGAAAUCAUGGAAAAAAUAAGAAACCAUCACGCAUCCAAGGACAUCGACAGAGUGUUAAACUCUAAAUCAAACCCAAGAUAUAGAAAAAUCUGCUCCUUUAAUGUUACCAGACCAGAGGAUUAUCUUCAGUUCAGGGCUCUGAAUUUAAACAAAUUAAGAGCCGUUAGUCGUCUCAGAGUAGCAAGUUCGGUGUUGAACGUGCUGAUGACGAUCACCGUCGUCAAGAUCUACAAGUCGGACCUCGUCGCUGCCAUCGAGAAUGUUCAUUUCAUAAUAUUAGUGUCAGCUGAGAUAUUAGGAAUGAUCACAUUACUGAGAAAGAGGAAGUUAAUCAUAUCCAUAUACACCCUCAUUGGGAAGGAUUACUUUGAUUACGAAAACACGUUGGAUGACGAAUGCCUCGAAACAAAACGAUCUGCAAUGGAAAAGGCCAAAAGAAGAAAAUAUUUCAUCCAACGCAUAUUUGUUUCAUGCAUAUUUUGUGCCUGCAUCACCGUAUCAGUCCUGAGGCCUGUGUUGAAGAUCUUGUACUUCGACCCCUCUGAAGGAACUCCUGAUGAUGGUUUCGUAAGGGUAGCCAUGGUGACAGUCUGGACCCCAUUCGAUAAGUAUCAAUGGUAUUCGGUUGCUUUCAUUUGGUAUUGCGAAUGCGUGAUAGCUUGGAACACACCCUCCAUCGUCUUCGGAUCGACCUUCUUCUUCCUCUUCGCGCUGGAGGACCUCGGCGUUCAGCUGCAGCUGCUCAAGAAGAGCCUGGCCAACGUGAUCCAAAGAGCUAAGAGGAUCGAUGGGCCAAUAGAGGAAGGCAUCAAGUUGUGCUUGAAGUACUCCAUCAGGCACCACCAAAUUCUCUUCACGUAA